CUCGCUGUGGGAUCGCUGACGCGUUUCCGGUUCCUUUACACUCUCCGCCCGCCGGAGCCACCGGAAGCGGAGGGAGCCGGGCGGAAAGGAACGGAGAGCCCGUGACAGUGCCCAGAGCCGCCACCUCCCUCCCGGUCACCCCGCCACCAUCGUGUGCAGCCCCCCGGGUCACCCCUCCCCCGCCAGGACUCCUGUCACCCUCGUCCAGUGUCACACCCCCCACCCGCCGCUCGUGCCCGGGCUCCACGCCAUGGCCAAGAACACACUGUCGUCGCGUUUCCGCAAGGUGGACAUUGAUGAGUACGACGAGAACAAGUUCGUGGACGAUCAGCUGCAGGAGGAGCCGGCGGAGCCCCAGGGGCCGGACGAGGGAGAGGUGGACGGGCUCAUCAGGCAAGGGGACCUGCUCCGAGCCUUCCACGCUGCCUUCCGGAACUCUCCUGUCAACUCCAAAAACCAAAUAGUAAAGGAACGUACCCAGGCAAUUGUACUGAAGGUCCUGACCUCUUUUAAAAGCAACGAGAUUGAGCAAGCGGUAAAAACACUGGAUCGGAGUGGGAUUGACCUGCUAAUGAAAUAUAUCUACAAGGGGUUUGAGAAGCCCACAGAGAACAGCAGUGCUAUAUUGCUACAGUGGCACGAAAAGGCAUUAGUAAUAGGAGGCCUUGGUUCCAUAGUCCGAGUUCUCACUUCACGGAAAUCUGUGUAAAAGACUGUAUUAGCUGAAUGGAGAAGUUUAUGUUCCGGGGCUCCAGCGCAGUGAAGGAAGAGUGGCUGCAGCGGCCCAUCUGUCUGCAGAGUGCUAUAUAUUAAACUGUUUUGGAAAAUUCUAUUGGGAAUGCUUCUUAUUACUGACUGUGGACGAGACAUGAAUGUAUGUUUGUUUAAUGGGGUAUAUUUUGUUCCAAGCACCAGUCCUCCUUAGCAAUGCAAUGUAAACUGACAAAGGUGAGGAAUUAUUAUUAUUAUUUUAUUUUUUUUGGAAAAGAUGGGCGAGAAGCAAAACUGACUACAACAUAAAAUGCCACCAAAUAUCCGACCAGGCUGAGAGGGGCAGCUUAGGCUGCACCGGGUCCCAAAUUACCAAUGUAUAAAUUUCUAUGUUCCCGCCUAUACGCCAACUAUAGAAACGACCGCAAGAUUCCAGGGUCACAGGACUGGUGGCUUUUUAUUUGUUAACUUGUACAUACAGGAUUUUAGGAGUUCCUUGAGUUUGGUCUUACUUGAAAUAACGGCGUUAACCCUUUCCUCUGCCACAGAGGGCAGCAGCGCGGCGUUGUUCUUCCAUGGGAGGUGCCAGCCUCCGUGACACAGAAAGGGUUAAGGCCUAGUAGUGAUUGGGGAAAUACAAUGUGUUUUGUGAUGUUUCUAAGUUAAACCUGCAGUAUCGCUGGGGGCGGUCUGGUAUUCUUUGUCUCGGAGAAAGACGACCACUCUCCUACAGUGCCCACUGCUCUACUGAUACCUGUAAACUUUAUUAAACUUACAGCUUCCAUGAGUGAAGUGAUGGAAUAAUUUUGUUUUAUCUUUGUGUUAUUUGGUUGAUACUUUGGAAUUAAUUUGUAUAUUUUUUUGUUUUUUGCCUUUUUAAAAGCAACAUUGCAUGAUUCACCCCUGAACACUGAAUAUUUAUUUUGUUUUAACUAUGACCUUACGUUGACGCGGGCAGGGAUGUCCUGCUGGAGUCAAUGUGCUUGGGAGCCAGCGAAGGAGGCAACAGGAGGAGGCUCAUCCGGUAGGUUGUUCUGAGCCAUUUCACCUACAUCUAACAACCCUUCCCAUGGAACAUGCAAUGUUGCUCUUACAGUAGCAGGGGUUUAGACUUUGGGAUAUUCCUGAAGAGCAGUGUUGUCUAAUAUGUGGUGUGUGCACUAGUGACGACUGGGGGCCACAGGCUGCAUUGGAGCCAACACCAUCCAUUGGACAAACCUGCUUUCUACAAUACUGAAUGUGGGUUUGUUGUCCAGAGAAGGAUUAUCUGUAAAGUGCCUGCUACAUCAAUAAAUCUCUUGGAUCACUCA